AUGCCCGCUGGGAGUGGGGCCAGUACCGGGACGAGGAGCCCGACGAUUCCCGGGGCGGCAGCGGUUGGUCUGGCGGCUGGAACAACUGGAAGGACUCGGCGCCAAGACAAGGGGAAUGACUGGUGGCAUCAGCAGGAGUACUGGGAAGAACCCGAGAGACGGAAGGGCAAGGGUGGCAAGGGCGGCAAGGGCGGCAAGGGCGGCGGCGACCACUGGGAGGAGGAGCCCGAGCCCGCGAGGGGGAAGGCCAGGGGCAGCAAGGGCGGCAAGGGCGACAAGGGCGGCGGCGGCCACGGGGAGGAGCUGGCGCCCGCGCGGGGGAAGGAAAAGGGCAGCAUCGGCAAGGGAGGCAAAGGCGGCGGCGGCGGCGGCGGCUGGACCUACCAGCCGAAGGAGAGGGGAAACGAAGCCACAGCGACCGCAAAGGAGAGCAGCAGAGACGCCGACGUCUCCAGAGUGGCGGUCGGGGCGAGGAGGACGGGCAAAAUGGGCCCGCGCAUCUGA